AUGGGAGAAGUAAAGCUGCUGGGAUUUUGGGCAAGCCCAUAUAGUCAGAGAGUGAUAUGGGCACUGAAACUGAAGGGAGUUGAGUAUGAAUAUAUAGAAGAAGAUCUUUCAAACAAGAGUGAAUUGCUUCUUCAAUAUAAUCCAGUUCACAAGAAGAUCCCUGUGCUUGUUCAUGGUGGCAAACCCAUUUGUGAAUCUCUGGUUAUUCUUGAGUACAUCGAAGAAACUUGGCCUCAAACUCCUCUCUUGCCUAAGGACCCUUAUGAAAGAGCUUUGGCACGAUUUUGGAUGCAAUUUGCUGUUGGAAAGGCUCCCGCUUUUAAUUCAUUCUUUACAAGCACCGGUAGUGGAGAGAAGGGAGAAAAGGCAGCAAAAGAAGUAGUAGAAGUGUUUAAAAUCUUGGAAGAGCAAUUAAGCCUUGGAAAUACCAAGUUCUUUGGGGGAGAGACUAUAAACAUGGUGGACAUAUCAUGGUUACCUCAUUGGUUUGAAUGUACAGAACAACUUGUAGGACUCAAACUCUUAGACCCCAAAACAAUGCCUCGGCUCCAUACUUGGGCUCGAGAUUUCAAGCAACAUCCCAUCAUCAAGGAGAGCGUUCCUGAUUAUGACAGACUCUUAAUCCAUAUGAAAUCAGUUAGGGAGAAGAUGAUGAUGUCAUCCAAGUGAAUGAAAAUGUCACAAGUUCAUAUUUCAGUCAGCUUUGAUCGUUGUGUUGUUGUGUAUGUUGUUUUGUUUAAAUGGGAAGAUUAGAUAGAUAAUACGAGUUCCAUUCCACGAGAGUAAACAAGGGUGGCAAUAGUUCCUGUUUAGUUUGCUUGGUGGUACGUCGUUGACUAUGGAUAUUAGUUUUCUUGUUGGUAUGUUUAGUUCCAUUUCAAUGUAAAUGGAAACUAGAUUUUAUUUAGUUGGUCAAUAAAGAUGAGUGAAGAGUUCGCUCUUCAUUUAAAUA